UUCAUGUUCCAUGGGCUGGAAAAGCCACUUUCAGAGGGUCUUCAAAUCUAAAAAGAAGAAUUUGUUUUUAGAACACUAAUGAUUAGGUUUGUUCAAUUUGAGCAUAGGCGUUGUGAGAGUUGUUCUAGCUAGUGAUUAGCCUAACGUAGCAGGCGUAAAAUAAACGAAUGAACAACCGUAAUCAUAUUUAGAUGGUCGUCCACGCGAGAGUGUUAAUCAGCUAGCCAGGCUCUUUGUGUGCGUAUGUUUUGUUUGUGUUGAACAAGAACAGCUCUAGUGGGUUGUUAGAUUAUUUGCAAUGUGUUGAUUUCGAUAAGAUUGCAUAGUGCAUACGGCGUGAAUUUUUACUUAAAGGUUAGGGAAAGUGGCCUGUAGACGUUGCAAAGCGACAAAGAAAUAAGGAGUUUGAAGAGGAAAUGGGAAAUUGUCUAAAAUCUCCAACCUCGGAUGAUAUUUCCUUGCUUCAUGAAUCACAAUCGGAUAGAGGUAGUUAUGCUGACGGGGCAGAUAUAGACCAGGAACCACCGCCACCAUACCAGCAGCAGCUGCCAGUGUACCACCCCACGCCCAGUCAGGCCCGCAUGGCCAGCCAGCUGCCAGUGUACCACCCCACGCCCAGCCAGGCCCGCAUGGCCAGCCAGCUGACUGAGGAGGAGCAGGUCCGCAUUGCCCAACGCAUCGGCCUCAUCCACCACCUUCCCAAGGGAGUGUACGACGCUGGCAGGGAUGGCUCCGAAAAGAAAAUUAGAGAGUGUGUGAUUUGCAUGAUGGACUUUGUGUAUGGAGACCCCAUCCGGUUCCUGCCCUGCAUGCACAUCUACCACAUGGACUGUAUAGAUGACUGGCUGAUGCGCUCCUUCACCUGCCCCUCCUGCAUGGAGCCAGUGGAUGCUGCGCUGCUCUCCUCUUACGAGACCAAUUGAGACACAUCAUCACCCCACUACCACCAUCACCCCUGCUCACUGUUCUGACUUACUCCCCCGCUCCACCCAUGCUGCCCUCUCCAGCACCCCCACAACCAGCAGACCGCACUUCCAACAUCCUGGAGGGCCAGGGUCUCUGGGGGCAGGUGAGGACCAUGUGGUGGUGAUGAAGGGUGCUGUAGAGGGUUGGUGGAGGCCAUGGAUGGCUAACCCAGAGAGGGGGCCUCUGCUCUGAGCUGGCCAGGCCUGCUGGACAGGAAAGCCCCAGCUGGGGAAGGACUGUGGAUACUGGUAAUCAAGACAAGACUGUCUCUUACUGUCAUGUGUCACCAUCCAUCCACACCCAGAAUUCUCCACUCUCUCACUACCACACUGUUGUAGAAAACGCCCUAGAAGGGAGGGGAAGGAAAGAAACACUUGAAAACUCUCUAGAAAUACUGAUAUCUGCAAAUAUAUUUUUUCUCUCCUCAA